CAUGAAAUUGGAACAUUCAGCUUGUCUCCACGAAAGAAUCCGAUAUCAAUUUACUCUACUUUGGAGUUCCGAAUGAGCUGAUUUAUUGAGCCUAUUUUUCGUGAACAAUCGUUAGAGCGUUUUCCUCAUUUUAGGGCACGUGUAAACACUGCUUAAUCUGACAAGGGGAGACUUCUGGUAAAGCGUUCGAUAUGUCAAUUUGUUGAUACCAAGCAGAAAAAAUGUUCUAGCUUCGGCAGUAGACGAAUCUUCAGCAAUUUCAAGUAUUGUGUGUAUUUUAGCCCUUUGCUUAACCAUAGAACUUGUGUUACCAUGAGUGUGGAAGUUGAUAAAGCAUUGCCAAACGAAACGGAGAAUGUGGAAGACACAGAUAAUGCUGUUUCAGGCAGCGAACCAGCGGUGGAUUCGGCAUCGGAGCAUCAAACAUCUCCAUUGGAAGUAGAUUCCAAAGCGGAAGACAGAAAACCAUCCCCCACCAAAAAUGGUGCCGGUCUUCUCGGUUCAGCUCCGGCAAAACCGACAAAUGCAGUUGUUACUGAUUUGUGGGUGGAAACGAAAACUGCGGACGGGAAAUCAUAUUAUUAUCACGCCGUAAGUCGUGAAACAACUUGGACCCGCCCAGAAGGUCCUAACGUUAACGUAAUGACACAGGUGGAAGUGGAAGCACUCAAUAAACAACAGUUACAACAACCAAAGUCUGCUGAACAAAAAGUCGCGGAGGCUAUGGCAACUAGCGCAUCAUCAGCUGUGCCGGUUAGUUCUUCUUCAAUACCCGCUGUUAUUCCACUCCACACUGCAAUGACGCGUUUCACAGGGCCUCCUCCUUCGUUUGGGAUGUCUCCAUUCGGUAUGCCUCCGCCUAAUUUUACCAGCUUUCCACCGUGGAAUCCGCCAGCGGUUAACAGUGGGCAAAAUUGGCCGCUUGGUCAAACUCUUCCCUACGAUGCUACCAAGCAAGCCCUUAGCGAGAUUAAGCUGAAUGAAAUUGAUCCCUCGAUCGUUGCCAAGGCUACGGUUUGGAGUGAACACAAUGCACCGGAUGGUCGUAUGUUCUAUUAUAACGCUUCCAAGGGAGAAAGCGUAUGGGAAAAGCCACAAGCGUUGCGUGAUUUGGAAAAAGCAAAGCUGGCUGUAUGGAGUGCAAAGCAGAACAAAGCUAAAGUACCUCCAUCGGUUCCACCCUUCUUAGCUCCACCGAUUCCACCUCAGAUGCCGAUCAUGUCCUCAAUGCAAACACCGCCCUCUGCAGGACUGAAGAUACAACAGUUUCCUUCUCCACUUACUACAGCCGCAUGCUCGACUAUUGGAGCACUGCCCGCUGCCGGUGUGCGGCUUCAGCAGAUGCCUGUGGCUGGGGGUGUCGUUUUCGAUCCGAUUACAUUUAUGGCGAAAAAUGAUAAGGCCGUCGCGGAGGAAGAGCGAAAGCGAAAGUUGGAGCAAGAAAAGAAGCGUAAGGAGGACGAAGAAAAGGCUAAAGCAAAUAAGCCGCAAGAUAAAAGUCGCCCAAUUUCUAGCACUCCAAUCAGCGGUACGCCCUGGUGUGUAGUAUGGACUGGAGACGGGCGUGUUUUCUUUUACAAUCCUUCAACUCGCACUUCCGUGUGGGAAAGACCGGAAGAGUUGAAAGAGCGCGCCGAUGUGGACAAAGCAGUGCUUGUUCCUCCGCAACAGUUGCUUGGUACCGUGGCGACAAAGGAGAAUGAAAACAUCGGUAGUAAAGUGCAGACAGUGGCAGGAACAGCCAUUGCCACUAGUAAUACAGCUGCUGAAAGCGAUGGUGGUAACAACGCUAACAGUAAUAAUACCAAUGAACCUAGAACUGCUCCAACGGACACGGAAUCGAGCGGAGAAGAGGAUGGCGAACAGCCAAGCAAGAAAUUGAAAUCCGACUUGGAAGCAGUUAUGAAAUCAACAAACUCCGCUAGCACUAACCGUUCCGGAAAUGAUCCGGAAAAGGAAGCUAUAGCAAUGGAAGCUGAGGCAAGGGCAGCUCGCGAGCGGACUCUUAUACCGCUAGAUGUGCGUAUGAAGUCGUUCCGUGAAAUGCUCCGUGAGUUGGAUGUAUCUGCAUUCAGUACUUGGGAAAAAGAGCUACAUAAAAUCGUGUACGAUGCACGCUAUCUGCUUCUAACUUCCAAAGAACGCAAGCAAGUGUUUGAAAAAUACGUGAAAGACCGUGCAGACGAAGAACGGCGGGAGAAGCGAAACAAAAUGCGCCAAAAGCGUGAUGAUUUCCGUGCCCUCAUGGAAGCAGCUCACUUGCAUGGAAAAUCUUCAUUUAGCGAAUUUGCCCAGAAAUAUGGUAAGGAUGAACGAUUCAAAGUAAUCGAAAAGAUCCGCGAACGAGAAAGCUUGUUUAAUGAGUACAUUGUGGAGGUAAGGAAGCGCGAAAAAGAAGAGAAGCAACAUCGAAAGGAACAGAUGAAAAAAGACUUUCUUGCGAUGCUUCGCGAAAGAAGUGAUAUUAAUCGUCACACGCGGUUCAGUGACGUACGCAAAAAAAUUGAAAGUGAUAGUCGCUACAAAGCAAUCGUAGAGCACUCCCAGCGGGAAGAACUGUUUGAGGAAUAUAUCAAGGCGUUAAAGGAAGAGAAACGGAAAGCAAAAGAAAAGGAAAAGGAAAAAGAUUUAAAAGAACGCAAUAACCGUAGUGAGCAGCGCGGUUCGCAGAGAUCUAGGGAUCGUUCGCGUGAUCGACGAAGUCGCUCCAAUGAACGAGAGGCGAGUCAAACGGCUAAAAGCACCAGCAACGAUGAUGGCCCUGCAAAUGAUAACAACAAUGACGAAGACGAAGGCGAGGAUUGCAACACGUCGGAUGAGGAUGAAAUUGAGAGACAACAAAAAGAACGGGACCGCAAGGCGCGAGCUGAAGCCAGUAUUAAGGAACGAGAGAAAGAGGUUCAGCGAACGCUGGCCACUCAUUUGCGCGAUCGCGACAAGGAACGGCAACACCAUCAGAGGGAUGAAGCAAUGCGUCAUUUUAAUGCGCUAUUAGCAGAUCUAGUCCGCAAUGCAGAUCUUACAUGGAAGGAGGUAAAAAAGUUGCUGAAAAAAGAUCAUCGUUGGGAAUUAAUUUCCAUGCUUGAUCGAGACGAUCGGGAAAGAUUGUUUAAUGAGCAUAUUGCUAAUUUGGUUCGCAAGAAACGUGAUAAAUUUCGCGAGAUGUUGGAUGAAAUUCCUUCUCUCGAGCUGACAUCGCAGUGGAAGGAAAUUAAAAAAAUUAUCCGUGACGAUCCACGAUACUUAAAAUAUAACAGCAGCGAAAGGGGCGAACGUGAAUUUCGAGACUACAUCAAAGACAAAACAGCUAAUGCCAAGCUUGCGUUUCGAGAACUGCUUCAGGAAUGUAAGUUUAUUACACACAAAAGCUUCGAGCUGUACCGUGAAAAUGUAAAUCAUCUGCGCGAAGUGGAAGACAUUUUGCGCAAUGAUCGUCGCUAUCUGAUUCUACAUCAUAUAGCGAGCGAACGCACGCAAAUGGUUUUGGCUCAUUUGGAAGAACUGCAUAAGCGUGGACCACCGCCACCGCCAACUGCUAGUGAGUCGUUACGGCGUAAGUAAGAGUAGUAACAUCAGAAUAUGGUAUAUUGAUUGGUGUAGAGCAAUUAGAAAACACAGUACGACAUUUGUGUGGAUAAAACGAUUAAAAUGGCAUUGAUUGAA